GGGUGCGAAGGCGGGGCUACUAGACUGACGACACCCUCCUGAAUGUCCAGCCCCGCCUUCCCACCACCUUUGGGAUUUAGUUCGUGAAGCAAGAUCGCCCUCUCAGUGAAAGGCAGAUGUCCCUUUAAGGUUUGCUUUGCUGCUGCCUGUGGACUUUAGCCUAAACACGGUCCCGCGAAGUUGGCUUUAUUUGUCCAUGUCUCGGACAGAGCCUGGGUGGCUGCCAGUGAGAUUUCAGAGACUUGAGCGCGCAAAGGGGCGGGAGAUGUGGCAAUCCAUCUGGGAUCUGAGAAGCGUGGAGCGGGUUUAGCAGCAUUCGACCAAAACACAGGAAAUUACUCUUCCACCGCUCCAGGGCGCUGCAGCCGCUGGGGCCACUGCCGGACACCCGCGGAGACCACACCGAGUGACCCAGAGCGCAAGUCGCCGGCGUCUGGCUUCUGCCUGUUCCUGCCAGCUCCUGCCCACGAACCAGCGACGUGCUGGUUCCAGCAACCACUCCAGCAAUGGUCCCCAGGCGCCCUGCCAGCCUAGAGGUCACUGUAGCCUGCAUCUGGCUUCUCACCGUUAUCCUAGGCGUCUGCAUCUCCUUCAACGUUGAUGUGAAAAACUCCAUGAGUUUCAGUGGUCCGGUGGAGGACAUGUUUGGGUACACAGUUCAACAGUAUGAAAACGAAGAAGGCAAAUGGGUCCUUAUUGGUUCUCCUUUAGUUGGCCAACCCAAAGCAAGAACUGGAGAUGUCUAUAAGUGUCCGGUUGGGAGAGAGAGAUCAAUGCCUUGCGUGAAGUUGGAUUUACCAGUUAACACAUCGAUUCCUAAUGUCACAGAAAUAAAGGAAAACAUGACAUUUGGAUCAACUUUAGUCACCAACCCGAAGGGAGGAUUUCUGGCAUGUGGACCCUUGUAUGCCUAUAGAUGUGGACAUUUGCAUUAUACGACUGGCAUAUGUUCUGAUGUCAGCCCUACAUUUCAAGUUGUGAACUCGUUCGCCCCUGUACAAGAAUGUAGCACACAGCUGGACAUUGUCAUCGUCCUAGAUGGCUCCAACAGCAUCUACCCCUGGGAAAGUGUCACUGCCUUUUUAAACGACCUGCUUAAGAGGAUGGACAUUGGCCCUAAACAGACACAGGUUGGAAUUGUACAAUAUGGAGCAAAUGUAACACAUGAGUUCAACCUCAAUAAGUAUUCAUCCACAGAAGAGGUCCUGGUGGCAGCAAACAAAAUAGGCCGCAGGGGUGGUCUCCAGACGAUGACAGCCCUUGGAAUAGACACAGCCAGGAAAGAGGCAUUCACUGAAGCUCGGGGAGCCAGAAGGGGAGUGAAAAAAGUCAUGGUUAUUGUGACUGAUGGAGAAUCACAUGACAACUAUCGCCUGAAACAGGUCAUCCAAGACUGUGAGGAUGAAAACAUUCAGCGAUUUUCCAUAGCUAUCCUUGGCCAUUAUAACAGGGGGAACUUAAGCACCGAAAAAUUUGUGGAGGAGAUAAAAUCGAUCGCAAGUGAGCCCACCGAAAAGCACUUCUUCAAUGUCUCAGAUGAGUUGGCCCUGGUCACUAUUGUUAAAGCUCUGGGAGAAAGGAUAUUUGCUUUGGAAGCUACAGCUGACCAGUCAGCAGCUUCGUUUGAAAUGGAAAUGUCUCAGACCGGCUUCAGUGCUCAUUAUUCACAGGACUGGGUCAUGCUUGGAGCCGUGGGAGCCUAUGACUGGAACGGAACUGUGGUCAUGCAGAAGGCUAACCAGAUUGUCAUCCCUCAUAACACCACCUUUCAAACUGAGCCCACCAAGAUGAACGAGCCUCUUGCCUCUUACUUGGGUUACACAGUGAACUCUGCCACCAUCCCUGGAGAUGUGCUCUAUAUUGCUGGGCAGCCUCGAUACAAUCACACCGGCCAGGUUGUCAUCUACAAGAUGGAGGAUGGGGACGUCAACAUUCUGCAGACACUCAGUGGAGAGCAGAUCGGAUCCUACUUUGGUAGCGUCUUAACCACAAUUGACAUUGACAAAGAUUCUUACACUGAUCUGCUUCUCGUCGGGGCUCCCAUGUUUAUGGGGACAGAGAAAGAGGAACAGGGCAAGGUGUACGUGUACACUGUGAAUCAGACGAGGUUUGAAUAUCAAAUGAGCCUGGAACCAAUUAAGCAGACCUGCUGUUCAUCCCUGAAGGAUAAUUCAUGCACAAAAGAAAACAAGAAUGAGCCCUGUGGGGCCCGUUUUGGAACAGCAGUUGCUGCUGUAAAAGACCUCAACGUGGAUGGCUUUAAUGACGUCGUGAUUGGAGCUCCCCUGGAAGACGACCACGCAGGAGCUGUGUACAUUUAUCAUGGCAGUGGCAAGACCAUAAGGAAAGAGUAUGCACAACGCAUUCCCUCAGGUGGGGAUGGCAAGACGCUGAAAUUUUUUGGCCAGUCUAUCCACGGAGAGAUGGAUUUGAAUGGCGAUGGUCUGACUGACGUGACCAUUGGAGGCCUUGGAGGAGCUGCCCUCUUCUGGGCCAGAGAUGUGGCUGUAGUUAAAGUGACCAUGAAUUUUGAACCCAACAAAGUGAAUAUUCAAAAGAAAAACUGCCGUGUGGAGGGCAAAGAAACAGUAUGCAUAAAUGCUACAAUGUGUUUUCAUGUGAAAUUGAAGUCUAAAGAAGACUCAGUUUACGAGGCUGAUCUGCAGUACCGUGUCACCCUUGAUUCGCUGAGGCAGAUAUCACGGAGCUUUUUUUCUGGAACUCAGGAAAGGAGGAUUCAAAGAAACAUCACCGUUCGAGAAUCAGAAUGCAUCAGGCACUCCUUCUACAUGUUGGAUAAGCAUGACUUUCAGGACUCCGUGAGAGUGACUUUGGAUUUUAAUCUCACUGAUCCAGAAAAUGGGCCCGUGCUCGAUGACGCUCUGCCAAACUCAGUCCAUGAACAUAUUCCUUUUGCCAAAGACUGUGGGAACAAGGAAAGAUGCGUUUCAGACCUCACCCUGGAUGUGUCCACAACAGAAAAGAACCUGUUGAUUGUCAGAUCCCAGAAUGACAAGUUCAAUCUCAGCCUCACCGUCAAAAACAAGGGAGACAGUGCGUACAACACCAGGACAGUGGUUCAGUAUUCUCCAAAUCUGAUUUUUUCAGGAAUUGAGGAGAUCCAAAAAGAUAGCUGCGAAUCCAAUCAAAAUAUCACGUGUAGAGUUGGAUAUCCUUUCCUGAGGACAGGAGACGUGGUUAACUUCAAAAUAAUAUUCCAGUUUAAUACAUCACAUCUCUCAGAAAAUGCAAUUAUUCAUUUAAGUGCAACAAGUGACAGUGAAGAGCCCCUGGAAUCUCUUUAUGAUAAUGAAGUAAAUAUUUCCAUCCCAGUAAAAUAUGAAGUCGGACUGCAGUUUUACAGUUCUGCGAGUGAACACCACAUUUCAGUUGCUGCCAAUGAGACUGUUCCUGAGCUGAUUAAUUCCACUAAGGACAUUGGGGAUGAAAUUAAUGUCUUCUACACGAUUAGAAAAAGAGGGCAUUUCCCAAUGCCAGAACUUCGGCUGGCAAUUUCAUUUCCCAAUCUGACGUCAGAUGGCUAUCCUGUACUGUACCCGACUGGAUGGUCAUCUUCUGAGAAUGUAAACUGCAGGCCUCGAAGCCUUGAGGACCCUUUGGGUAUCAACUCUGGGAAGAAAAUGACAAUAUCAAAGUCUGAGGUUCUCAAAAGAGGCACAAUCCAGGACUGCAGUACCUGCAAGAUGGCUACCAUCACGUGUCAUCUCCUCCCCUCCGAUGUGAGUCAAGUGAAUGUCUCACUCAUCUUGUGGAAACCAACUUUCAUAAAAGCACAUUUUUCCAGCUUAAAUCUUACCAUACGGGGAGAACUUCAGAGUGAAAACUCAUCGCUGACUUUAAGCAGCAGCAACCGGAAACGAGAGCUGGCUAUUCAGAUAUCCAAAGACGGGCUCCCAGGCCGAGUGCCGCUGUGGGUUAUCGUCCUGAGCGCCUUUGCGGGACUCCUGCUGUUAAUGCUGCUUAUAUUAGCCCUGUGGAAGAUUGGAUUCUUCAAAAGGCCACUAAAGAAGAAAAUGGAGAAAUGAAAUAUUUAAGGAAAAAAACCCCAAUAACAACUAUUCAACAACCUAUCCUCAGGUUUGCCUCAAUCAUGUGAGAAGAAAUUCAGAAAUAUAGCCAAAGACGUGGUCGCAUAACUCUAUGUACUCCAUCAUCCAUCUAGGAUUGCUUACUUGGAAAGAGACAGAUCAAGUGUGACCCAGAAAGGCUACCCAAAGAUACAGUGUAGAAAGCAAUGGGAAAUAUUUUUAAUAAUUACUCAUUUUUGCUGAGUAAGUGAAAUGACAAAGUGUUUUAAAGAAGAAUCGUCCGUAUAAGUACCUUUAUGUGUUUACGUGCCACACAGAGCAUCUUAAGGGAUGCACAGACAGAGCUUGGCACUCCGUGGAGCAGUUACUCUCAGCACCAUGUAAAUAAAGAGUCUCCCCUUGGUUACAUCUUCAGAGUGACGCUCAGCAUUGGUAAACGACAACACGGGAAUGGGGUGAAAAGGCUCUCCCAGUUCAAAUGAGAAAAACUUUCCUUAGCCAAGCCCAUAUACAAUAUGGACUGAAAAUAGAAUUAAGUCACGGGUGACACUCAGUGACCUUGUGGAUCCCAUAAGGUGGAAAGAGUAUUUUUCCAGUGUGAUUGGAAAAUAGUGCAGUUGAGCUUAAAUUCUAUGUAGAAUAGACAGUCAAGAUGGAGUCCUUAUUUAAACAUGAGCGCACUGAAACUAUUAAUUUAAACUUUUACAGAAAGUAAAACUGCUUAAUUUAUAUUGAGCUCUAGAACACAAAACUCUUUUAUAAUAUAUAUAAUGUAUAUAUGUAUACAUAUAUAUAUAUAUAUAUUAUAUAUAAAGUUGAAGCAGCCUGUGUAGCAUAACAAUGAUAAGUCGUGAAAAGCCACACCAUGUGUGUGAUGCCCAGAGGGUUUCUUAAUGAAACGUGAGCAUACAUAGAUGACCCAAUAAAGCUGAUGUCACCUUUGCUGAGUAGUUAUUUAAUGCUAGGGCUUCUGGGAUGUUUCAUUAAGUAGGGGGCUUCUCAACUCUUGUAUAGGGAUCAUGUAAAACCACAAAAUAUGACUGUUUAUUUUAAUUUUUUUAAUUUUCUAACCACAUUUUAUGUUAUUGAAAAAAGCAGUCUCCCCGGCUAAUGUUAUAUUGUACCAAGAACUCACUGCUUUCGAACAUGGUGUAUCAGUAUUUAAAUAGAAAACCAGGUAAUUUAAAGAAUUUAUAUCUUGAAAACAUAUACUAACUGAGACAUACAACUCAUUUGUUUGCACUUCUGUUUUCCUGAAAUAAUCCCUGAGGCCCGUGGACUCUGCUGUAACAUAAGCUUCCAGAUUGCUCCAUUUCAAUUACCAUGAAUGAAUGUACGGUAUCAUCAUGUGUGAACUACUGCUGUAAAAUGUGCUGAUCCUCCUGCCCCAAAGCCACCUCUCCACUUGAUUGCUCACUGUAAGACCUGUCAGUAUCCAGAAAGAGCUGGGCUCCGCUUUCCUCAAAACUCAGCAAGCCAACAGAGAAAUUAAAUGCUAUUGGUUUGAUAUUUUAAAAAAAUUAUUUCUGAGAAUUAUCUUAGGGCUCAGAUUCAGCCUCUUGGCUUUCCACCCUUAUGUGUCAGAUCCUAAGGGCUAAAGGAUGGAUGAUGCUACAGUCAUCCCUGGCUGGAAGAGAGGUGGACUGGAAGCUAGAAGAAAGAUGCACCCCAUUUUCACUCUCUCGCCAGCUUUGGAAGUCAUACUUUCCUCCUGUGCUUUGCCCAACAGAACUCGGGUGUUUCUUGCUCAGGUACCAUGCUGCCCAACUCCAGUACAUACCUGCCCAGCGGCCCCACUCCUAGCUCCGUGCCUUUAGGAAUGAAAUUCAUUGAAUACAUGUAGAUUCAUCUCUUAUGUGAGGGGCUAAAAGGCACUGAACUUUGCACAUGGAGCUCUAAGUGGGCAGAUUUUAAACUAAAUAUGUUGUUGAGCAGUGGGGAAGCAGAAAUCAAGAUAGUUUGAACUUUUAAGAAAGGAGAGGAAGAGCUGUUUGGCCAGAUAAAAAGAUGUUAAAAGCCACUUGCCUGCCAGGUUUUAGCAUAAAUUAUUCCUGGUUAGUAGGAAAUAAGGAACCAGAUAUCUCAUUUCUCUGCAAACAUAAUUGAGUUUGUGUGUAUGUGUAUGUAGUUUUAUGUACACAUAUAAGCAUACCAUUUAAAUCCAGAGCAAUUGAAGAAUACCAAAAGGUAGAAUUUAUAAAACAUAAAGAAAGAAAUCACACCAAAGCUACCCCAAUUAGGAACAUUUAUUUCCUUUGCUUUUCAUACAAUAUUCACUCUUAUUAAUAUUUAAGUUUAGUUGUUCUUUCAUAAACUAAAAACCUAAAUGCAGAGGCUUUGAUCUUAAAAAUGUUAACAGAUGUCCCAGAUUAACUUUAUGGGAAUAUUCUAGAACAUAUAAAUAAUUAAGAAAUAUAUUAAACGCUAUAAUGUUAUUUUAAGGCAAUAAGAAAAUUGACUGAUACUUUAGACUAUUUACAAACUCGUCAAUUAAACUAAAUAUUUUGAAACUUUUUUAAAGCACUGUUGCUUCCACUAUUAACUGGACUUUGCAUGCCUUCUCUUUCCUGAGGAACCACACAAUGGAACACAAAUAAAUUACUCAACAACUUGUUCUUCAAGAGGAAAAAGUACCCCGAUAUAUAACUUUUGUGGCUUUUUUAUUCUCCUCAAAGUCACUUUCAGGCAGCUAGUAUGACCCUAUUCAGCUUACAGAAUUCCUAGAAACGUGCAUCAGGCCUUACUAACUAGUUUGAGAGACUGUAGCAGACCCCUGACAUAAGCUACAUUCUACAUACUAGAAUAAUUGAUGGAUAGAGAUGCAGACCAGUGUUCAGAGUCUAUUAACACACAUGAGCACAUGCUACAAUCAAACUUCAACUUGUGCUGAAUAUACUGGCCAAGUCAGUCCCAGAAGUUAGAUUGCUGAAGAUUAGUCAUAUUUUAGCUUUAAUAUCUAAAAUUAAUCAUUCUUUAAUAUGAAUAAAGUAAUAUGAACUUGAAGGAGGAAGGGAAUAAAAGCAAGAAAAUACAGAGGGGUUGCAUUUCUUGAGAGCCAGAGCUACUCAGAGGCACAACACACACACACACACACACACACACACACACACACACACACACACACACUGAUCCACUUCCUCACCCAACUCAUAGGCCUGAAAGUGGCCUGAGGGAAAAAUUCUUCCUUGACAAAUAUUUCUAACAUCUGUGGUCCAAUUUAAACAUCAACAAUGAAAUUAGUUAAAUUAGUUUUCUUUUUUGUUUUUCUGGUUUCUUUUUUCUUUUUAGCUUAAUAACCUUUAUUGCCCCCAGGACAAAACAGUUGACCUGCUUCCCAGGACGCAGGACCAAACAAAUGACGUUCCACUGCAGGCCGGGUCACAAGUGCCCUUCUACACUUGUAGGACUGGAACAUGCCCUGGCCAGGCAAAAUUACUCUGACUGAGCAACAAUCAGGUCUCUUUUCUUAUGAUGGCAAAAUAAUGAUCUAUACACUGUGGGAGAAAAUUGGGGAAGACAAGGAAAUGAACCCAAAUACCAGAAGGACAGGCUAGGCUCCCAGGCACUAGGAUCAUGGGCAAUGUAGACCCUAAAUAUUUUCUUUGUCAUAAAGAUACUUGAAAAAAAACUUGUAGAAAGAGAUUUUUAUGAAUUUGAUGCUUAGGCAGCCAGAAUAAUUUUAUCUAUAAAUAGACAUAUAUGAUGUGCAUAUAUUUUCAUAGGAAAUCGUUUACUUUUUCUUUAAUAAACCAAGGUCCAGGCUCAAUUUUAGGAAAGCAAGUUUGUACCAAAAGGAAAAAAAAAACAUGGUCUGUGAUGGAGUAGGACUGCAUUGCAGUAGAAGCUGUGUGGAAAGCCAGGGGUCAACUCAUAGUAGGUCCACAGUUAACACACUGAAUGGCAGCCAUUGGUUGCCAUGGAAUGUGUUUUUCCAUAGCAACUUCUCUGCCGAACAUACCACCAGUUUCACAUGAAAUUCCUAUCCUGUUCUGCAAUAAAGUGGCUUCUGGAAAAUUAGAUGUUCAAAAUAGCAUUGUAGGCAGUUCUCGUUCAUUGCCCAGACCUCCCAAGCAUCCUUCCCCCAUUACUCUUCUCAAAUAAAGGUUUCGGGAAGACUGCAUUGGUACCUGUCACUAAGACAAGUACUCCUUUUGCUGCAAAUGCCAACUUCACGGAACGGAUCAUUCAUGCAGGUUUUCCAACCCAGUUUCCCAUAAUGACACUCCAAAGGGUUGGUGUGCAGUAUAUUGUACUUCUGAGAUGCAGCAUCCUUCCUGAAGACGUUUGCAACCACGUGGGUGACUGUUCUCUGUAGUUCUGUGGGAGAAACAGGAGGGAGUUAGACCUUCGGCUACACCUCUUAAGUAUCCUACAUCCCCUGUCCUCAGCCAAGGGCCGGUUCUAAAACCUGAAGGAAGGGCAUUUUGCUCAAGCUGAUGCUGCUUUAAAAUCGUGACCUACAAAUUAAUUGCCUAUAAAAGACUUUAAAUGUAGACACAACUUCAAAAUGAGUCCCCUGGGCUCCAACUUCCAACUGGACAGUGGCCCCCACAGCUCCAUCUACUCAGAAUCCAGAAACCACCGCUACCCAUUCAUUCUGUACUGAAAGGAAAGUCAGAGCCCAUUGCAAAAGGCCACAUGCAAGGCUGGGUGUAUAGCCCAGUGUCUGAGUGCAGAGCGAACUCAUGCAAGGCCCUAGGUUUCCACUUGAGCACCGCAUAAGGUGAAAGAGCCUGAUCAUGCCACCAUUCCUCAAACGGAAGUACUCUGGUACAACACUGCUUUAAAAAAAAUACACAAAUUUCCUUUGAAAUCUUAGGAGAAAAAGCUAUGGCAUUAAACUACAGCAUUGUGUCUUGUUUGCUAACGGGCGUCUUUCAUCUUCGUAUUAAAACUGCACUUGAAGGUAGAAGUUCGGAGUAAGAGAUUUAACCACACACCUUGAGGAAGGUACAGAGUAGUUUGGUGAGUCAGGCAAGUCCCAGCCCUAGGGCCCUAACUCAUCUGACCAGGGGCGUACAGGACCCCUAACCUAUGGAAAUAGAUCAUCUACCAUGACCAAGGGUCAAGUUCAGAGCCUCCACUGGCCCGCCACAGCCAAGGCUCAGUUCCCCCACCUCAGCCACACUUAAGAAGCAUUUCUUGGUGAAACUUUUACUGCACCAAAGAUGUGCAAGGCUGAGGCUCACUUAUCACUGUUGGUUUUGAGAGCAGCUCUGUUUGUUUACAUUGUUGCUUGCAUACUGCAAACUCCACCCCCACCCCAUGAGACAAGACUUCCUUUUUUUUUAUCCUCUGUGCAUGGCCUGCAGGAUUGGGGUGGUAGAAGAUGACAGGAACCAGAGUCUGUUUGCAGCCCUCCUCCCUCCCUCCACCAGGAGAUGCUUUGAUCUGGGGCUUCCUCAGCAGGGUUGUCCCCUGCCACAUGCCUCUUGUGGCAGAUUGGCUAGUGUCCUCUUAGAGUUUGUGACCAAAGACUCAGAAAUCCCUCACGUAUCCCAGCAAGGGAAUCAUGACUAUAAAGCAGGGGCCAAGGACACUCAGCACUGUGACUACGUUUGGCAUUUGUGUUUUAAGGUCCAGGUCUAAAGAAAGGAGUGUGGGGUCUAGAGGCUCUUAUACUACCGUUGGAGGCCGGAUAUCUGAUCUUUCACAUGUUUGAUCUAUGCAUAUAAACUAAGAACAAAAAUCUUAAAAAAAAAUUCUGAAGGCAUCAGAGUGAAAACCCACUGUGUUCAUGAGUAAUCCCUGGAGAUACUGUCUAUCCCCACAUCUGUAUUCUAAGAGGCAGAGAGAGAUGGAGUUGAGAGAGCAGAGGAGACAGGAGUAUUGUUCAUCUCUUCCUCCUUAGAGCAACCACAGCAAGGGAAGCCAUCACAUGUAGAUUCAAUGUAACAUGAUAACUUAAGCUUUGAUACAUAUACAAGAAACUGGGGUAGACAAGGACUCAAAACUCCUAUCUGAUUUCUAACAACCCAAUCUAUGAAAAUGGCCAAAGCCUCCUGAGACCGCCUGUGUUCCACCCACAGCAGUCCCAGAUGUACUUGGCACUGUGAGAGCAAAAGUAUACUCUUACUUAUGAGCUACCCCAGGCUAAGUGUCUGGGCUUAACACCCCCCAGCCUUAUAUGAAAACCAGUGUCUGAAACACUUUGGAGAUUCUGCAUUCUGGAGCCGGUCCACAAAGGAGAUCCUGGUAGUCAGCCUUUGGAUCUGAGAAGCCUGCUGCCCUCACUCAGGAAUCAGCAGUUCCUGGCUGCAGGAAACAUGCAGGGAUGGUCUGCUGUAUUACUACUGUGAAGCUGUCCUGGUUGUUAAUAGGCAGUGUGCACUCCGUAUCCAUUUUAUGAAAAAAAAAAAAAAAAAAGAAGUACAUUGCAUUUA